UUAUAUAACAUGGGCUCUUCUGCUUGUAAGGGCACGAUGUUCUGUAGUCCGUGACUUCGUAAGCAGCACAGAUUCGUAUUUGACGAAGUACUGCCCUCCAAUCGGAAGUUGCCCGGAAGGAGCUCACGUCCUAUGCUUGUAUUACAAUCCCCAAAGAGUAACAGGUGUGCGCUGUUUCCAACCCAUGAACGUUACAAUGUCAAGAGCUAUUGCUACACAGCUUCUUGAAGUUUCCAAUGCGGUCAGAUCAAAAAUAGCAAAGGGAAAAGAAACAGGAAAGACAGAAAAACCGCUGCCCAAAGCUUACGGAAUGAACAAAUUGCGUUGGAGCAAUGAGCUGGCCACGUUUGCUCAGAUAAUGGCGAAUCAAUGUAUCUUGAGACACGAUUUGUGCAGAGCUACGGAAAAAUUUGAACAACCCGGGCAAACUGCCGGUCUCGUCCGAUUCACACAUCCCGAUUGGAAGCCAGUAUCCAAGAAAGUUCAGCUCCCGCCAGGUCUUAUUCCAGAGAAGCUCACUUAUGCCACUACGCAGGUUCUGAACUCUUGGUACCAAAAUAAGAAAUAUGUUCUUCCGGAAUGGAUUGAACGUUGCCCGGAUUGGAGAAAUGAAGACAUAUCUACUGCAGGAAAGGUAUACCUCGAAAUGAUAUACUACAAGGCCACGCACAUGGGCUGUGGUAUCAUUGGCUACACUGAGUACGCCUAUCACGAUAACAAUGCUGAUGUUAUAUACAAUUCAGUUCAAAUCAUCUGCAACUUCUCAGCCAAACCAAUACCUGGUCAACCAAUUUAUGAUAUACACAAACCCAAUAGUCCAGGAAAUACUAUCAGGUGUGGAUGUCCAAUAGGAUUUGAAGAAGAUGAUUCAUGUCUGUGCGUUCCUACGGAAACUCGAGAAUAUUGUAAUGUUAAAGAUAAAAGUUGCAAAGUACCAUUGGUACUAAUGCCCAUAUUUACUGUAGAAGAUGCUCCGCAAGAUAAAGCCGCCGCCAGAUAUGGACCUAAUGAUACUCGGCUAGUGGUUGUAGAUCAAGAUGGGCCGCGAGAAAUCCGAUACGAUAUGCUGAGACCAAUCCCCAACGACAAAGACGGACCACAUUACGAACUUAUACCUCAAGACGGGUUAAGCCAAUCUUUAGCCCUCGUGCCGAUAUUGGAACAAGUGCAAAGUGACCUGCCUGACGCUAAAAUUUACUGGAACCAACCUGAACAUGAUAUACUUGAACCUUUAUAUGGAACCUUAAAAAACACUAAAGGUGAACUACCUCGUAUUGAGCUAUUUAAUGAUCAAAUAGACAGAGAAGCUCUAGCUCUGCAAAAAUAUGAAGCAAUAAAAAAUAAAGAAGCUCAACUUGAUCUUGCACGAACACUUCUAAUUAAAUCAUACGAUGAUUUAAAGCAGAGUUUUACACCCAAACGACAAGAACAGAAUGUAUUGCAAAUAUAUAAUGAAGAAAUAUUAAAGCAAAUAGCAAAAGAUGAAUCUUUAAAUAACAAAAAAAUACAGAAACAAGAUAAUAAGACAGUUAUCAUGUCUACUAAGGGUUUGAUCUUGGAAACGGAACGCAGUUCACCCCACUUUGAAUUUUUGAAAGUUCAAAAUAAUCUUUCUAAAAACAAUAUUCUCUCACAUCGACGUAAUUAUUUACCUAUAAUAGAGCUACCUGCAAUUACUCAAUCAGAUCAGACCCUUUCCCAGUACAUGUUUUCGCAAAGUGAAGAAAAAAUGCCAUCUAUACGCAAUAAUUUGGUGCACACCCAGAAAAAUUUACCUGCAGAUUCAAGUGAAUCUGCACCGUCAUUGCCCAAGAUACGUCCCACUGUCAGUGAACAUACUGUUGCCUUGCGUAAAAAUUUGAAAAAUUCUCAUGAUAAACUCAUGCCAAUAAAUAAUGAGCGAAAGAUUACUAAAAACAAUAUGCCCUUUGAGGUUAAUUUGAUUCCAAUACCACGCAAAACAUUAGACCAAAUUAAUCAAAAUAGUCAAUCUACAUCCAAAUACAACAAAACUGUACGACAGUUUGAAAAAUUUUCUUGGCCGAAUAAAAGUAUUCGUUUUGAAUCUAAUAAGUUGCCACAAAGAACCAGUAAUACGCUUGUACCACAUAAAGCGUUAAAAAUAACUCAAAAUGAUUGGAGAAUUCAAUAUGGCCAUGAAAUAUCAGCAGAUAAAUCUUCUGAAAGUAAAAAAUUAUUAGUAGAAAGUAUGCCACACCAAAAUAUUUUGCAUUCACAAGGCAGAGACUCAAAUUUGGGUCAAAAUCAAUCACAAAAACCUCCACUUCCGUUAGCAAACGUUGUCCACAUUAAAGAUACUGUAGAGCAUUUCAUAACUAAUGACAAAUCUUUAAAAAAUCAAUUGCGUUAUACAGUUAAUAAGAAAACCAACAACCAAAACAACAAAAAUCUAGAAGAAACACAGUCAUAUACGGGACAAUAUGGGGGACAAUCGCAAUUUAAUGAUGAUUCUAAAUUGUGUAGAUUGAAGGGUGGAAAAUUGAUAUGUGAUGUGCCGAUGGAGCACUUGAUUUUAAAAGAACCUAUACCUGAUGCCUUACAGUCAAAACAUCAAAUGAAUGAAGGACAAAAACAAAGAAAAAGUACCACCCGACUUAAAUUAACUACAAAACAAAGAUCAUCUACUCAUAAAAGACGUUUUGUACAGAUUAAGAAAGUAAAAGCAUCGGGUAAAGAAGAAAUGUCAAAUGAAUAUCAAGUCGGCCACAACGAGAAAUCUGCCAAAAAAAAUAUAAUUAAGAAUAAUUAUAACAAGAAACGUAUUUGGUGA